CAAGAAGAUAAACCUCAGACUGAACACGGAGUAGACAAACUACACCGAUAGGGAGAAGUGAGAGGGUCGGCGCCGGCGUGGAGGGACGUAAUCAGCGGCCGGUGACAAAAGUUCUCCUCCUCGCCUGCUGGCGGCGGUAGAGGGCGGCGCUCGUUAAAUCCGCAGCGGGCGCCCUCAGCGUGUUUCCGGUUGUAAGUGAGCGGUGUGAGCUUAAAGCAGACUCCACCAUGGAUAUCCGACCGAACCACACAAUUUACAUCAACAACAUCAACGACAAAGUCAAGAAAGAAGAGCUGAAGCGUUCGCUCUACGCUCUCCUCUCCCAGUUCGGCCAGAUCGUCGACAUCGUGGCCCUGAAGACGAUGGCGAUGAGGGGACAGGCCUUCGUCGUCUUCAAGGAGCUCGCCGCCGCCACCAACGCUCUGCGGCAGCUGCAGGGUUUCCCCUUCUACAACAAGCCCAUGAGGAUACAGUACGCCAAGACCGACUCUGAGGUCAUCGCUAAGAUGAAGGGCACGUACGGCGACAAGGAGAAGAAGAAGGACAAGAAGAAGAAAGCUCAGGAGCUGGUGGCCAACGCCGCAAAGAAGCCGUCGGCGGUACCUGCUGUUCCCGCGCUCUCACCUGCAGUACAGGUUCCAGACAACCCACCAAACCACAUCCUGUUCCUCAGUAACCUCCCAGAGGAGACCAACGAGAUGAUGCUCUCCAUGCUCUUCAACCAGUUUCCUGGUUUCAAGGAGGUGCGACUCGUCCCGGGGAAACACGACAUUUCUUUCGUGGAGUUUGAAAGCGACACUCAGGCCGGCGUGGCCAAAGACGCUCUGCAGGGCUUCCGCAUCACAGCCACCUGCGCCAUGAAGAUCACCUACGCCAAGAAGUAGAGGAAGUAGUCCCACGUCUGAUGGGACUAAGAGACUCUGAGUGGACGCUGGUUCCUGGACUUCCAUCGGGCACAAGUAGUUUUUUAUGUUUUUAUUUUUGUGUAAAGAUAUUUUUUUUUCCCCAAGGUAGUUUUUUUUUGUGGUAAAGCUUUUGUUUAAAACAAAUUUGAGGAAAAACGAAAAACCUCAGGCUUACGUCUCAUUUUGUAAAAUAAAAUAAUAAAAAGCUUUUUCAGAAUUUG